UCUCGUUAGGAUCCAGCUGGCAUAUGUAAAUCCUCUUAUUUUAGCUUCAUAUUUUGAAUAAAUAAAAAUUUACCAAUAUAUAUGCAUAAAAUAAAAUAUUUUUUUCUUUUUAUUUUGAUAUCCAUAUAUCUACAUGUAACUUUUAAUUAAAUUUUUAUCUAUUGAUUCUCUACCUAAAUAUUCAUACCAAACGUAGGACUAGGCGAUGAAAACGGCGAUCUAGGGCUCUCGAUGGUAUCGCAACGAUGGGAUCCGGGGAUCGGUGAGGCUGUUGGGUUGGAAGUAAAUCGGGCUUACGAAGGGGGCUCUAGAGAAAGGAAACAACGGGUACGACUAAAUUGUUGGGAGGGGUGGUUUGAUCCAAAAGAUGGAAAGGGGAUCCUUGCGAGGCUGAGGAAAUCUUCAAUAUCAUUACAGUGGAUUACAAUUGGGGUCACCAUCAAGAUUAAAAUUGGUAUUAUUUCCGUUUUCUCCAUUCGUAUCUGGACAAGGGAGAUCGGAGAGAUUCGAGUCCAUUUGUAUGUGACUCGGAAAGGGUUAUUAGAGUGGUGGUCGUCAUGGAGGUGGUGCCAAAAAGAUGGAGGAGAAGGGUACUUCAAAUCCGAAAGGGGGACAGCAGAAACUUUAAUUUUAUGGAUAUCAUCUUCUCAAUAUUCAGUAAGCAGGUCCUGGGUUUGGCGUUAGUUCUUUAUAGCCUUUGGUUUUUCAUAAGCUUCAUGCGCAUGUGUACUCACGUUGGGUCUAAGGUCUUGUUGGUUUUAUCAUAUCUGUUUGCAUGUUUUUCUGCAAUGCUUAAUUUCAAAUUAUAUCAAAGGAAUAAAAAUGGAUUCUUUUAUUAUUGGUACUGGUGGUUCUCAGUGAUUCUUAUUAGCGUUUCCACUCAUGUUUAUUCUGAGCUUUUUGGUAUUUUGGAUAAGGGUUGGACUGUAUUUGUGAUCAAAAAGGUUUAUUGGUUAUGGUGGACACUGUUUAUGGCUUUGGUUGGAGAUCAAUGGCUGUGUUGGGUCUCUUUAAACCACACACGGACCAUGUUUCUGGUCUCUGUGUUUUUUUGGCUGUUGGAUGGCCUUCUUUUGCUUCAUUGUAUUGACCAUGAGAAAUGGUAUUGGAAUAAAAUAACUGGAUGGAGGUUUUUUAUUAUGGCAGCAAAGGUAGUAGGAUUAAAUCACAGUUUUGGCAGGAUGGUUUUAAAUUGGUUUAUGGUUGGUGACUGGUAUCGAUGGAAUAUAUGGACAAGAGAGGUAUAUGGUACACAACAAAUAAGGUAUGUCCUUUGGAUUUUAAAAUUGAUAAAACUGAGUUGUGAUGGGGUACAAAGAGAUCAUUUGGAAGCAACAGAGGACAAACGAUGGAAUAUAAUAAACUCGAAUGAUCUACUAAGCCUGGUGUCUUGGUGUUUUGCAUAUGUUAAUGGUAGUGUGGAUAUGAGUCAUACGAAUCACAAAGUGACCGUUGAACCAGUUGAGAAUGGGGGUUUUCUUAAACGCAUAGGACAUAUGAUUCAGGACCGGUUUGGACCAGGAGAUUUGAAGUAUGGUCUGAAUUUAAUUUUCAUGGAAACAAAAAGUGUGCAACGAUGGCAUUGGCAUAAGGGACAAAAAAUGAGGUAUUUGGCUUUCAGAAUGGAAAUUAAUAGGGGUUCAUUAUCUCCACAAUUCUCAGCUAGGUGGGGUUAUGGGUUUUUGAGGCAAGGAAUCAAUUGGUUUGUCCGGCUUUUAAAAUUCAACGAAGCUAGCAGCUCAAUUGUGGGGAAUGGGUACUGUCUUAUUUGUGUUUAUCUUCUAGGAGAGUAUGUACAGAAUCAGGAUGAAUGGUCCGGUCAGUUUGUUUGUGCUGACAAACGAAAACGUUUAUGUGAUACUUGGGGGAUAGGGGAAAUUUUGGAUAUCGUUGAUCAUAGUGUAAAGGAUAUGAUGUGGCUUACGAACAUAAUGGAGAAAGAUUCACGGAUCAGUCAAGAUUUUGAUUGGCAAGGGUUCCUACUUUUCUGCAGGAUGAGAAGUUUUGGAGCUUCUGUUAACGUCGCAGCGUUACAAGGUAGCGACGGUGUUUUUAUUAACUAUGGUCUGGUGGGUUUUGGUAAAUGGACGGGCUGGUGGAUAAAUGAAAAGAUCUCAGCUACUAAUCCAGAUACAGUACAAAAUGGGAAAAUAUAUGAGGGGGUGUAUAAUGGGAUUGUGGACUAUGUCCAAUGGAUACUCUAUUGGAUAAGGGAUUAUUAUGGGCUUCAUCAGGCCUAUGUUUUAAUAACUCGAAAGAGUAAGAUAAUUUAUUUUAAUGAGAGUUCUUAGCUGGAAUUGUAGAGGCAUGGGGAGUAAAUGGACAAUCAGUUACUUACGGGAAAUAUGGCAUCAACAUAAACCUGAUUUUUUAUUUUUAUCAGAAACUAAACAGGAUUUUGCUUUCGUUCAAGG